GGGAGGGGAUAAACAGGCCCAAAAGCCCCUAUCACACUACUGCAAAGAUGACAAUAUUGACGCCAUCGUUAUGGCGUUCGUGAUGAGUAUCCACGGGCCAGGAGGUGCACCGGUAUAUGACCUUGCCAACACUAGCAAGGAAUGUGACACAUUUGACGGGACAAAUCUGAAAAACUGUCCCGAAGUGGGGGAGGACAUUGCGGAAUGUCAGAAGAACGGCAAGACCAUCCUCUUAUCCAUUGGAGGAGCUACGUACAAGGAGGCUGGCUUCAGCUCUGAAAAGGAGGCCAUUGCUGGUGCAGAAUCGAUCUGGAAGACAUUCGGUCCUAACAAAGAGAACGGGCCAGUCGAGGAGCCUUCUAAAAAUGUUGCGGCGCUUGGGCAAACCCAGUCCAACGAGUCUCAGAAGCCAGCCAUUACAGCAGCACCCACUACAGCAACACCUAACCCACAGUCAGCUGUUAUCGCUACAGGCACAAAUGCUGCUUGGAACAACCCCAAUCCUUCCGCUGCAAGUCAAGCAAGCCAAAAUGAUCUUUGGCCACCACAAGCGACAUACCUCACCAAUCUGGUACCCCAGCUUCUCGGCCGUGCUUAUGGUGCAUACGGUGCAUCUGGACCCGCCUCCGUGAGCAGCCAGACAUCCAAGGUGCACCGUCCCUUCGGCAAAACUUCCGUCGAUGGCUUCGACCUAGACUUUGAGGCCACCAACUACAACAUGCAGCCCUUUGCCAAACGCCUUCGCGAACUGAUGGAAGGCGAGUCGGACCGAAAGUACUACCUCACCUCCGCCCCGCAGUGCCCCUACCCAGACGCAGCUGACAAGGACUUCCUCGACGGACCCGGCCCCGUCGAUGUGGAUGCCGUAUUCGUGCAAUUCUACAACAACCCAUGCGGCCUGAAAAGCUUCGACGCGAAUUCCGACGAACAACCCCAAUUCAACUUCAAAACAUGGGACGACUGGGCUAAGGACGGAUCCAAGAACAAAGAUGUCAAAGUGCUUCUCGGUGUUCCCGCCAAUGAGGAAGCGUCGGUUAGCGGUUUCGUUCCUAUUUCGGAACUCAAGCCGAUUAUCGAGUAUGCCCAGGGAUUCGACAGCUUCGGAGGUGCGAUGGUGUGGGAUGUUACCCAAGCUCAUAGGAAUAAGGGAUUCUUGUCUAGCGUGCGGCAGACAUUAACCCAGAGUGCUUCGUUGUUUAGAAAACAGCGCAAGAUGUCGCUUGCGCCCAUACGUCUUGAUCCGCGAGUGAUUUAUGUUUAUAUUUGCUUGAUGAUAGUAUAUGCAUUAACAUAAUCUCAAUGUCUUAAUGUUC